AGAAUUCACUUCACUUUUUUAUUGUUAAAUUUCUAUUGCUUAACAAGAUUGGUUUUCUCUAGUAUACUGUUUUCUUCCUUGGGAUGUAAAGUACUAUUCUUUUGAACUACCUCUUCUUUUUCUCUGUUUUCAUUUCAGAAUAUGCUUUCUUGCCUCCUUUGAUUUGGUAUAUUAUUCAGCUUCUCCUACAAAUGAUCUUUCCAAAUUCAAAUUUUGAAACCCCUCUUUUGAAACCCCUUUUAUUUAUCUUCUCAAGCAAGAACCCGUGCACCGACCAAAAUUCUCCAUUAGAUUCUUGAAUUCCAAAUCUCUGACACUCUCUGAGUUCUUGAACUAGUUGGUGACAUGGGGGGCGUAAAAACAGAUAAAGUUUUCUUCUUUCUUGUUGUUAGCAAGUUUUGAUCCUCUUGAAAUUCCACUUCUUGAUGACCCUUUUGGAUUCUUGAGCUAGUUUGUUCAAAUCAGAUAAAGGAUUUUUCUUUGUUUUUGUUAAUAAGUUUUGAGCUUCUUGAAAUUCCAAUUCUGGAAGACCCUUCUUGAGCUAGUUUGUGAGUAGAAGUUCAAAACAGAUAAAGUUUUCUUCUUUGUUGUUGUUAGUAAGUUUUGAGCUUCUUGAAAUUCCAAUUAUUGAAGACCCUUCUUCAGCUAGUUUUGUGAGUAAAAGUUCAAAACAGAUAAAGUUUUCUUCUUUGUUGUUGUUAGAAAGUUUUGAGCUUCUUGAAAUUCUUGAAGACCCUCUUGGAUUCUUGAGCUAAUUUAUGAGUAAAAGGUCAAAACAGAUAAAAGUUCUUUUUUUUCUUGUUGUUGGUAAGUUUAAGCCUCUUGAAAUUCCAAUUCUUGAACACCCUCUUUGAUUCUUGAGCUAAUUUAUGAGUGGAAGUUCAAAACAGAUAGAAGUUCUCUUCUUUUUUGUUGUUAGCAAGUUUUAAGCCUCUUGAAAUUCCAAUUCUUGAAUACCCUUUUGGAUUCUUCAAAGAUAAAGUUGAUCAUGGUGUUUUUGGAAUGAGACAAUUUCAAGUUUGAUUUCUGUUUUCUUGUUUACAGCAAGUUGUUUAUUGUUGUCUAAGAGGAGUACUUUCUGGUGUAAAAACAAAGAUGGGAAUUCUGAAAAUGAAAGGUGGUUUAUGGAUUUCAAUGAUUUUGGGGUUUAUGGUAUUAGGGAAAGUUUAUGGAAUAGGAGCAAACUGGGGAACACAAGCAACACAUCCAUUGCCACCAAACAUAGUAGUGAAGUUACUAAAAGACAAUGGGAUUCAGAAAGUGAAGCUGUUUGAUGCAGAUUCAGAAAUCUUUAAAGCCCUCAGUGGCUCAGGAAUUGAAGUCAUGGUUGGAAUCCCAAAUGAAAUGCUGUGGAGUUUAGCCAACAGUUUGGGUGCUGCUGAGAAAUGGGUAGAGAAGAAUGUCUCUUCACAUGUCUCUUCCAACAGUGUUGAUAUCAAAUAUGUUGCAGUUGGAAAUGAACCAUUUCUAUCUCAGUUAAACGGGACGUAUCUGCCAACAACAUUCCCGGCUCUUCAAAACAUCCAGGCAGCCCUUAUAAAAGCAGGUCUUGGUAAUCGGGUGAAAGUCACUAUUCCUCUCAAUGCCGAUGUAUACCAGAGUUCAAGUGAAAAACCUUCAACAGGUGACUUCCGCCAAGACAUUCGUGAUCUCAUGGUGAGCAUUGUCAAGUUCUUGAAUGACAAUGGAGGCGCAUUUACUGUCAAUAUCUAUCCAUUUAUAAGUCUCUACAAUGACCCCAACUUUCCUGCUGACUAUGCUUUCUUUGACGGAUACUCAAGCCCCAUCGAUGACAACGGGAAAAUCUACAACAAUGUGUUUGAUGCAAAUCACGAUACCCUUCUUUGGGCAUUGCAGAAAAAUGGAUUCCCAAAUAUGUCGAUUAUAAUAGGGGAAAUCGGAUGGCCAACAGAUGGAGACAAUAAUGCAAACUUGAAGGCUGCCCAAAGAUUCAACCAAGGAUUCAUGACUCACAUUUCAGGUGGAAAGGGUACUCCAAUGAGACCUGGCCCUAUAGAUGCUUACCUGUUCAGUCUGAUUGAUGAGGAUGCGAAAAGCAUUCAGCCCGGUAACUUUGAGCGCCAUUGGGGAAUAUUUUACUUUGAUGGUACGCCUAAAUACAAUCUUUCAUUGGGUGCAAACAAUGGAGGUGGUUUAGUACCAGCAAAUGGUGUUCGUUACCUGGCUCGUCAGUGGUGCGUGUUGUCACCCUCAGCUAGCCUUGAUGAUCUUCAGCUAGCUGAUAGUGUGGGCUAUGCAUGUUCACAUGCUGAUUGCACCAGCCUCGGGCACGGAACAUCAUGCGCUGAUCUUGAUGCUCGUGGCAACGUUUCGUAUGCAUUCAACAGUUACUAUCAGGAAAACGACCAGCAAUCUAGUGCCUGCAAGUUUCCGAACCUUUCCAUGAUCACAAACACAGAUCCGUCACCACCGGGUGGAACAUGUAAAUUCAAAAUCAUGAUCCAAGCAAGUAGUCCUAGCAGACAUAAGAACAAUGCAUUUACAACUAAGCCUGUCAAUGUGAUGUUUCUGCUUAUAGUUUCUUUGUUGAGUGUUUUGUAGAACUUGUUGGUUAUAUUUAUAUAUCCCUGUCACUUCUGUUGAAAUUUGCCUAUCAUUGAUUUUUGUUUACUACA